CUCUCUCCUACCUCACACACAAACGCUCUGCUGCUGUCACUUGCCGCUGGCUUCUGUCAGAGUUUCUCUCUGAUUGUUUUCAGAACAGAAAGUGCUUCGCGAGGAGCGCGCAGAAACAAUGUUUCGCUCCUGACCAACACUGUAUGGAUUAGUCGGCUAUUCAGAGCACUAAUGAGAUUACAGAGUCACAACAGACAUGGGUCCUAGCGGCAUGGUACCUUUUGUCGCGCUUCUUGAGGAGUGUUUUCCUUGUCCGUCCCUCAGCACUGGAAAUGGCGCUCUGAAAGUGACAGACGUGGACCUGGCGCAGGCGGAUGCCAGGGAAUAGACGCGCACAAGCUCACCUAUGUUGGUUUUGUGGUGGUAGUGGUGGACAAUAUGAAGUACCAGAAAUACAUAACAGUGAUGCAGAUGGCCAUGGGAGUGACAGCCUCCAACAAAGACGACUGCAUCCCUCCGAAGAGACAGCUGUGGGUGCCACCUGGUUCAGAUGCCCCUGCUGCCUCUGCUGCGACGGCACCUGCUGCGGCUGCAAGUCAGGGCAAACCAUCACUGCGCAGGAUCAAGGGCCGCAUCCACAGAAGCAAGAGCCUAGACAGCAUAGAUCUACUGGACUGCAAUAGUACAACAAUGGAGGAAACUGUAAUAUGGGAACAGCACACGGUGACUCUUCACAGGGCACCAGGUUUCGGGUUUGGAAUCGCAAUAUCAGGGGGUCGUGACAACCCUCAUUUCCAGAGCGGAGAGACCUCUAUAGUGAUCUCAGAUGUGCUCAAAGGGGGACCAGCAGAGGGCCUUCUACAAGAGAAUGAUAGAGUGGUGAUGGUAAACGGUGUCUCCAUGGACAAUGUGGAGCAUGCCUACGCUGUUCAGCAGCUGAGGAAAAGUGGAAAGAAUGCCAAAAUUACUAUUCGCAGAAAGCGGAAGGUGCAGAUUCCAGUAAGUCGAGGGGGAGACAGAGAGACUAUGUCAGAGCGAGAGGAAGAGGACGACACUGAAGAGGAUGAUUACGAAGGUCCAGCAGCACAUGCAGGGGGAGCGAGUGGAGGCACGAGCAGAAGAAACGAGCGCAGCAGCAGCGCCGGAAGGCGAGACCAUAGUAAUUCUCGUGAGAGGAGUGUUUCCCCGCGCUCAGAUAGGCGAUCAGUUGCGUCCAACGUCCCGCCGCGACCUUCCAAAGUCACACUCGUCAAGUCCCGCAAGAAUGAAGAAUAUGGCCUGCGUCUGGCCAGCCACAUCUUUGUAAAGGACAUUUCUCCUGAGAGCCUUGCAGCCCGUGAUGGCAACAUACAAGAGGGAGACGUCGUCUUGAAGAUCAAUGGCACAGUGACUGAGAACCUGUCUUUAAUAGACGCAAAGAAGCUUAUAGAGCGAUCGAAAGGCAAGCUGAAGAUGGUGGUGCAGAGAGACGAGAGGGCAACACUCCUCAACAUUCCAGAUUUGGACGAUAGCAUUCCCUCUGCUAAUUCAGACAGAGAUGACAUUUCAGAAAUUCAUUCACUGGCAUCAGAUCAUUCCCAUGAGCGCACCCGUCGCAGUAGAUCCCGUUCCCCUGACAAACGCUCAGAGCCCUCUGACAUCUCCGGCCACUCUCCACAGCAGAUGAGCAAUGGCAGGCUGACGGGAUCUUUUCUCACCAGAAUGCUCCCUCUCCACAGGAGUCGUGAGGAGGAGCGCAUUUCUAAACCAGCGGCUGUAUCCACACCAGUUAAGAUGGCUGAGGAUGCACUUCUGGCUCCGCCUAUAGACCAGCCCGUGGACAAACAGAUCCCUCCACUGCCAGAGCCAAAACCAGUGUAUGCACAACCUGGCCAACCUGAUGUUGAUCUGCCAGUCAGCCCCUCUGAUGCCCCUGUGCCCAGUGUCGCCCACGAUGACAGCAUCCUUCGGCCUAGUAUGAAACUGGUGAAGUUUAAGAAAGGAGAAAGCGUAGGAUUGAGGCUGGCGGGAGGAAAUGAUGUGGGGAUAUUUGUGGCUGGUGUGCUGGAGGACAGUCCUGCUGCUAAGGAAGGCCUGGAGGAGGGAGACCAGAUUCUCAGGGUUAACAAUGUUGACUUUGCAAACAUCAUUCGUGAGGAAGCAGUGCUGUUUCUGCUGGAUCUUCCCAGGGGUGAAGAGGUCACCAUCCUGGCUCAGAAGAAGAAAGAUGUGUACCGGCGAAUAGUGGAGUCUGAUGUGGGCGACUCCUUCUACAUCAGAACACACUUUGAGUAUGAGAAAGAGUCUCCUUACGGGCUGAGCUUUAAUAAGGGAGAGGUGUUCAGAGUGGUGGACACCCUCUACAAUGGAAAACUGGGCUCCUGGCUGGCAAUCCGCAUUGGGAAGAACCACCAGGAGGUGGAAAGAGGCAUCAUUCCUAACAAAAACAGGGCAGAACAGUUAUCAAGCGUACAGUACACACUCCCCAAAACUGCAGGUGGUGACCGAGCUGACUUCUGGAGGUUCAGAGGUCUACGUAGUUCAAAGAGGAACCUGCGGAAGAGUAGAGAAGAUUUGUCAGCUCAGCCUGUUCAGACCAAGUUCCCUGCUUAUGAAAGGGUGGUUCUUAGAGAGGCGGGGUUCCUGAGACCUGUUGUGAUCUUUGGGCCAAUCGCAGACGUGGCACGAGACAAAUUGGCGAGAGAGGGGCCUGACCUGUUCGAGCUUGCAAAGACACAGACCCCAGAUGGGAGGGAAAAGAGUGAACCCAGAGAUGCCGGCACUGACCAGCGCAGCUCGGGGAUCAUACGCCUUCACACUAUCAAACAGAUAAUCGACCGGGACAAACAUGCAGUGUUGGACAUUACUCCUAAUGCAGUGGAUCGGCUGAAUUAUGCUCAGUGGUAUCCCAUCGUGGUAUUUCUAAAUCCUGACAGUAAGCAGGGCGUGAAGAACAUGAGGACUAGACUGUGUCCUGAGUCCAGGAAGAGCGCCAGGAAACUCCAUGAGCGUGCACUCAAACUGAGAAAGAAUAACCACCAUCUCUUUACAGCCACCAUUAAUAUGAACAACAUGAAUGAUGGCUGGUAUGGAGCAUUGAAGGAGACCAUUCAGCAGCAGCAGAACCAGCUGGUGUGGGUCUCAGAGGGCAAGGCUGACGGCGCACCUGACGAUGAUCUGGACCUUCACGAUGACCGUCUGUCCUACCUGUCCGCCCCUGGUAGCGAGUACAGUAUGUACAGCACGGACAGCCGUCACACCUCAGACUACGAGGACACUGACACAGAGGGUGGGGCCUACACAGACCAGGAACUAGAUGAGACCCUGAACGAUGAGGUUGGACCUCCAAGCGAGCCUGCCAUCACACGCUCCUCUGAGCCCGUCCGGGAGGACCUGCCCGUCAUCCAGGAACCUCCUGGAUACGGAGGGUACCAGCCCGAACCGCUGAACCGCAUCGACCCAGCAGGGUUCAAGGCCCCUGCACCUCAGCAGAAAGCAGAGGCUGCUCUCCCCACGCAGCCUGAGCCGCUGGCAGAGACAGCGCCCCCUGCUGUUCAUGUAAAUGUAGGGGCCCCGAGUGCCAAGGAUCUCCCGGUCACCCUCACUCAGGGGGAUUUCAGCCCAGAGGCUGGCUCUCUCUUCCCACCUGCCCCUGAGCUAGCUCAGCCCCCGUCUCCCGACCCCAACCAAUCUGGACAACCCGGGUCAGAGUCCAAGAUGUACAAGAAGGAUAUCUACCGAACCAACGAGCAGGUGCAGGUGAGCCAAAACCCUAUGCAGCCCAACUACAACCCCCAGCAGCCCCUCUACCAGGAAGACAAGCCAUACAGAGAUUACGACCACCAGCCCUGCCGCUAUGAUGGGGACUACAUGGAACCAAAGGCUCGUAACUUUGACCCUCACCUACAUUUUGACAACAGCGUGCCUCCGUACGAUGAGCAAUGGGCUCCGUAUGACCACACCUCUGGAUACGACCCUCAUAUGCCCUACGAGGAUGGUCUGAACCGCAUGUACGGUCACCCUCAGACGCGGCAUGAUAUUGGCUACGACACGGGUCGACCUCGCUAUGGCAAACCCAGCCCUGGUCCGAUCAGACACGAUGAACCACCCCCUGCGCGGCCGCAGUAUAACCAAGAGCCACUUUCUCGCACUCAAGCCACCUCCCGCUCCCCUGAGCCCCCCAAACAACAGUACUACGACCCCACCCAGAGACCUUCCUACACUCAACCACCACAGAGGGGCUACAUGAACUCGGAGGCCUCCGUGACCCCUCCCAACCCAGAGUCCCUCUCACCGACAACAGAACCUGAACUUCCUCCUCCUCCUGCCGAUGCAGAGGAAGACCCAGCCAUGAAGCCCCAGUCUGUGCUCACAAGGGUUAAGAUAUUUGAGAACAAGCGAUCCGUGUCUGUGGACAGAGCAAGAGAGUCUGCAAACUCUGGUAUUCGGCCUGUGGACAUGGUGCCUAAACCUGGCGCUCCCUCUGUGCCCAAAGCCAAUUCUUUAAGUAACCUGGACCAAGAGAAGGCCUUUAGAUCUCCUGAGCCACAGCAGCCCCAGCCUAAAGCAGCAGAUGAUAUCAUUCGCUCAAAUAGCAAUGACCCUGAUGAGGAUGAGGAGUACUACAGGAAACAGCUGUCUUACUUUGACCGCCGAAGCUUUGACAGCAAACCCCCCACACAGCUGACACCUGCCAUCAAGCCAGCCCAACCCCAGACCCAACCAGGAUAUUACCCCAGGACAGAAUCAGUGGAGAAGAUCAACCCUGUUGCUCCAGCAAACCCAGCUGCCCCACCGCCGACCCUGCCCAAACCUGCACUGACCCCACCACUCGACCCACACGGAUCUCCCAAAGUGAAACCUCCCAUUCAUGAAGACAAAGUCCAGAGCACUUACCUGCCUCAGAAAAACUUCCCAGAGAAAUCUCCUGUUAACGGCACCGGUGACCCUCCAAAGACCAACAGCACUGCCACGUCCAGCUACAACCGUUUUGUGCCCAAGCCGUACACCACCUCUGCAAGGCCCUUCGAGCGCAAGUUUGAUAGCCCCAAGUUCAACCACAACCUCCUGCCUAAUGACUCUCAAAAUAAGAAAGAUAAUGUGAAAGCUCCCAUCAGUACCACAGCCAAACCACAGAGCUCACCCCAGCCGACAGACCAUGACAGCGGCCUGGACACCUUCACCCGCACCAUGGAUCAGAAACCGAAAUACCAGCAGAACAACAUCAACGCCGUACCCAAGGCAAUACCUGUCAGCCCGAGUGCUUUGGAGGACGACGACGAUGAUGACAGCCACACGGUGGUGGCGACGGCGCGGGGCAUCUUCAACUGUAACGGUGGGGUUUUGAGUUCCAUUGAGACGGGAGUGAGCAUCAUUAUCCCUCAGGGAGCGAUUCCUGACGGCGUGGAGCAAGAGAUCUACUUCAAAGUGUGUCGGGAUAACAGCAUCCUGCCACCUCUGGACAAAGAGAAAGGUGAAACUCUGCUGAGUCCUCUGGUGAUGUGUGGUCCUCACGGUCUGAAGUUCCUGAAGCCAGUGGAGCUCCGCCUACCUCAUUGUGCGUCUAUGACCCCUGAUGGUUGGUCUUUUGCUCUAAAAUCCUCCGACUCCUCGUCGGGUGAUCCCAAGAGUUGGCAGAACAAAUCUCUCCCUGGAGAUCCCAACUACCUGGUUGGAGCCAACUGCGUGUCUGUGCUUAUUGACCAUUUCUGAGGAGGGCAACGGCAGGUCCCUUUACUGAAUGUGGAACCAGUUUAAAAGCGAGAGGACCUUCCCCCUUACGAACACACGCACGCACGCACACACACACACACACACACACACACACACACACACACACACACACACACACACACACACACACACACACACACACACACACACACACACAAGAUGAAGGCUACACACUCCGCUACACUAAAUGAAGGGUCUCCUGGCUGUGCUCUGGCUUUGUUUACGGUAACCUCUGAGACUUGGAGGGAGGGUUACAUUCUAUGAAGUGCUGUUUUAAUCUCCUCAUCGUCCUCUUCAUUUUUGUUUUUUCCUUCACUUCUUUUUUUAAGUGCUUUUAAAGGCUUUCGAGGAUAACAAAAACAGACAUUAACCAUUGAUGGACUGCAUGCUCUGUGCCACUGACCAAUUAAUACUCACACUGUAAGCCAACUGUAAUAUUUUCGCGACACAUCAUUUGUGUUUAUUUUUUCAAGGAUUUAUUAGGUUCUUCCAUUCAGCCUAGGCUACAUAAAUGUAUAGACUAUAUUAAUCUGCAAAUGUAUUUUCACUUCAUAUAGUAUGCACACUAUAACGUUACGAUUAUAAUGUGUAGUGCAACUUUUCUAGAAUAUCGAAUUCUAGUUUUAGGCUUUUCGAUCGAGCAGUUGAAGUGUACAUCUGACACAUUUCCUGACUUUUAUCAUGUCAAGGUGCAGGAUCAGCGCUAGAUAAGAGCGCAAGGACAGAGUCGGAGAGAAAUGGCAUCUGAAGAGUAUACAGUAUGAAGUUUUAAAGCCAAGGACAUGUUAAGGCUCAACUUUUUUUAACGGCUCCUUUGUAGACACCACUAGCCUCCUCACAGACCUGUGAACUUGAGCACUGGAACAUUCCUGCUGUGUCGAGAUCUAUGCACGUGCUUUGACUCAGGUGUGAAGACCGCUGCUCUUUCCUCUCCCCUCUUUCUCUUCCAGAUUCUUCCUCACUCCUUUUCUCUCUCUCUCUUUCUCUCUCUCACUCCAUGUAAAGCAGUGAUGCCUUAUCUGAAACGACUCACUUUUUUCAAUAACAAAAACCUUUUUGGUUUCUUUUUUUGCUAAGUUGUUCUAAUGAUAAAUUAUGAAGAAACUAAAGUUGUCUUUCUGCCAUUUUCGUCAACCCGCUGUACAAAUAAACAUGGGUGUUGCACACAAGAACAGCGUAAAGGCUAAGAACAGGUUUUCUCUUUUUAUCUGCUAUGCACAUGAACUUUAAAGAGAAAAGCAAAUAAAAGAUGGGAGGAAGGAGAUUAAUUGGCUGUACAUAAAGCUAGCAUAUUGCCUUCAUUAUUGGUUUGUAAAUGACUUUUUUGUAUGUCUUUAUUAUUUUGUAUAAAACUUAAUGGGGGAAAACAUUUAUAAAAGAGGAUGAAUGAAAUGAAAACGGUUGUCUUUGUAUUCUGGUUCUACCCUUGAGCCUUGGAACGUGUACUCAGCAUUAAUAAUAUCACCUUUUCUACAGAUACACACUAAAUAUAAGCAUUUUUAAUAACCAUCUUUUUAUUCUUUAUUUACAAAAGAAAGUGCUUGAUGUAAACUAUUCUCAAAACCUGUUUCUUUUAAAACGGUGUGCUCGAAAUGUGUCCCAUGCAUUUAUUUGUGAUACUGGAUGCUACAUUGUGUGUCCUGAAAUGUAUUUUUGUACUAAUAGAUGAUCUAUUAAGGCACACCGGAAGACUUUUUUUCUUUUCUUUAGACAACAUACAGUAACACCGCUUUGACUGGUCAUUAGCUAUUCACAUGUGGCAGAGUUUGUUCCCUUUUCAACACAAUUUCCAGUAUGCCACUGUAUUAAAAAUAAAAUCAUUUUUAAAAUA